AUGAUUAAUUUAAUAUUUUCAUUAUUUUUAUUAUUUGGUGUUUCAACACUUGUACAGGCACAAGUAGAGCCGGAAACACUGUUUAUUUUGAAUCCAAAUAUCGCGCAAUACACUAUGCCAUGUGGUAACACAACAGAAAAUGCUUGUCCUAAUAUCGCUGUUGCUCUGAGUGCCACCAACGCAACUAAUAUCCUGCUGGAUUUGGGAAAUUACACAUACACCGGUCCAAACAACACAAACAUCAACUUGGUAAACAUAACACUCACUGUACAAGGUGAUCCAAAUACCUAUGCCACUAUCGAUCUUGCGCAGAAUGGUUUGCUCUUCAGCAUAAUGGAUAGCCAGCAGAAACAAGGUGACGUCGUCCUAACCCUCCAAUACCUAAACAUUGUCAAUGGCUCUGGAUUCCACGGUGUCUACGGUGGUGUCAUCUAUAUAACUACUAACUAUUCCAAUACUAUUUUACUUUUGGAGAAUGUCGUUGUUUCCAAUUGCAAUGCUUACUACGGUGGUGUCGUAUCUCUCCAGUCAACUCUGAAUUCUUCCUCAAUCACCUUUUCCAACUCAACGUUCACCAACAACUCUGGUACUUACGGAACGGUUUUCUUUACCACCAAUGUCUGUCAUCUGACAAUCACCAAUAGCAGCAUCGUUGAGAAUCAAGGUUUCAACGGUAUCAUCUACGUAGUGAAUGGAACGCUUAAAAUGAACAAUGUCCUCAUCGAUUCCAACGUCGUCGGAGGUAGCUCCAUCUUGAAAUUGAGCAACAAUGAUCAUGUGAUUAUCAAUAACAUGACUCUCACCAACAACUCUGUCCAGAGAGUAGUAGAUCCAAUGGUAGGCGGUAUAAUGUUACUGUUUGAGAACUUUGUUCAAAUCUACAACUCGUUGAUUUCGCACAACGUUGGAAGUGCACCGAUCUCCUUCAACUCGAUCGACACCCUCAUAAUGACCGAUACUCUCAUUAUCAAUAACUUUGCAUCGGCAUUUGGUGGUGGCAUCGUAUGUAACCACGGUUCACUGUUCAUUACAGACUGUAUUAUCGCAGCGAACUACGCACAGCAAUCGGGUGGUGCCAUUUACAUCUACGAUGCACAAACUCUUAGCCUUACCAAUACCACCGUCACCGGUAACUCUGUUGGUCCGGACGGCACUGGUAGUGCGCUAUACAUCGACAACGUAGCAUCCAACUCGAUCGACGGAGUAACCUUUUCAAAAAAUCUAAUCAACGGCACCACCAAUCCUAUCUUCUGUGAUAACUCUGAUAUUGCAAUCAACGACAUCACCUCCGAUACCGAUAGUUUAGUUUCAUGUUCGAACGGUGGUAGAGCCGGAUGUAAAUUCACUGGUAACUAUGAUAUCACUGCAAUCUCUUGUCCCACCAAAGGUAGACUUAGUCCAGGUGCAAUUGCAGGUAUCAUCGUUGGUUCUAUAGCUGGUUUACUGCUAUUAGUAUUAAUUAUAUAUAUCAUAAAGAAGAGACAUCAUAAUCAUCAUAAAUAUCAUAGUUAUCAUUAA